AGACAUAAUGGACGCUCAAGACCAAAUGGAGCUCAAGUACAGUGCAGGAGGUGAAGUUGGUGGUCUAGAAUUGUGUAUAGUCUGUGGAGAUAGAGCUUCCGGGAGACAUUACGGUGCUAUAAGCUGUGAAGGUUGUAAAGGCUUCUUCAAGCGCUCAAUUCGUAAGAAACUAGGCUACCAGUGUCGAGGCAGCAUGAACUGUGAGGUUACAAAGCACCACCGCAACCGCUGCCAGUACUGUCGCUUACAGAAGUGUUUAGCUUGUGGCAUGCGGAGUGACUCGGUCCAACAUGAGAGGAAGCCGAUAGUUGAUAAGGCGAAAGGUGAGGCACGUGAAGCGCUGCACGAACGACCCGGAGCUGUGUACUCCAAGCUGCUGGGUCUUGCUGGUCAGGCGCAGACUGGACAGAUAAAUCCAAAAGAAGAGCCGAGUGAGUUUGGAUCUGUGUCACCAGCACCGGCACUUAACUUUGCUUUAGCCGCAGCGGUGGCUUUCAACAAGAGUGCUCCUGUACCCUACCUGCCUGCCGGUGAUGAUGCUCGUAGGCACCUCAUGCUGCAGACACAGCUCGCCAAGAACCUCUUUAAGAUGGGACAGUUUGGUGCAAUAAAUGAAUAUUUGCAGUCAGCGUAUGGUUCAACACCUGAGACUCCACUCUCAGCGCUACAUGCCACUGAUAACCAACAACCUGAAGGCGCUGGUGUGGAUGUGGGUAUCCUGAGCACUGCGGAGUCCCAGCGGCUGUCACUAUCACUGCCGGCGGGUGCUCCGCCCCCGUUACGUCUGCAUGCAGCUUGUGAGGCAGGUGCUCGUCUGCUGCAUGCACUAGCUCGUUGGACCCUGGCUGUACCUGCUGCUGCAGCAUUACCAUUCGAGAUCCAAGCGACGUUACUACGCAAAUGUUGGCCGGAGUUAUUCGUGCUGGGUCUAUCUCGGUGCAGCAGCUCUCUGCAGCUUCCCUCUCUCCUGCCUCAUCUCGCAGCACAUCUGCAACGUGAACUGCGCGCACGACGAGAUAACCAACAUCUGCAUCAUGUGAGAGAUGCACGCGCUGAGUUAACUAUAGCUGAUUACUCCGAGGAGCGUAUCUCUGAGGUGAGCGCGCUACUGUCGCGUCUUCACCAGCAUCUUGCAGCACUGGACCUGCUGCGGCUGACGGAGAGAGAGCAUGCUCAUCUCCGCGCACUCUGUCUCUUCUCACCAGAUGGUGUACCAGAGUUCCUCACACGCAAACUGCAGGAUUACCAGAGCAAGGUGCUCCGCUCUCUCCGCACCAACACGGAGGAGGAGCGAGUGGCAACACUGCUGCUGCAGCUGCCACCACUCCGCAGCUUCACACCAACCUUUAUUGAGGAUGUUUUCUUUGUUGGAUUCGUUGGUGAUGUAUCCAUCGAUGAAGUUAUACCUUAUCUGUUGAAUGCUGAACGUUGAAGUUAUACCAUAUCUGAUGAAGUUAUACCUUAUCUGUUGAAUGCUGAACGUUGAAGUUAUACCAUAUCUGAUGAAGUUAUACCUUAUCUGUUGAAUGCUGAACGUU